AUUCCGAACAUCAAAAUUCAAUUUUGUACUCGUUGCGCCCUUCACUUUCAUGACUUCAUUUUCCUCUCAUCCUACGCUGCGAAUUUCUGAAACUCUCAUCUCCGUCUCCUGAUUCUCUCUCUAAGCUGUCGAUCUUUCCGUCUUCCCGUUUCUGCUGCUCUCCUCCGUCUCCAAGCUUAGGGUUCAUGCCUUCCUCUCCGCAUACCUGUAUUCACCUGGAAUCCCGAGCUCUAACUUUCGAGAUUCAUAUUUAGGGUUUACAGAUCUAUACAUAUAUUCGUAUUUUGCUAUCUGCUUGCUGCCAGUUUUCACUCUCGUGAGUCUCUUCGCACACAUACUCCCCUCUCUGUAUCUAUAGGCGCAUACACCAGCUAGGAACAUGUUUUGGAAGCUCCCUCCCCUCUCGGCUUCGUCGCCGAUUGAAGCUAUACUGGACAAAGAAAAUUUCACAUUGGAAGAACUUCUUGACGAAGAGGAGAUAAUCCAAGAAUGCAAAGCUUUGAAUAGUCGACUGAUAAAUUUUUUGAGAGAGAGAACCCAGGUUGAGCAGCUGCUUCAUUAUAUUGUUGAAGAAACUCUUGAUCAUGCUGAUAGCAAACGAACUUUCAAGUUUCCUUUCAUUUCCUGUGAGAUAUUCACAUGUGAAAUUGAUGUUAUCCUAAAAACUUUGGUUGAGGAAGAAGAGUUAAUGAAUUUGCUCUUCUCCUUUCUGGAAUCAAGCCGUCAUCAUAGUUCCUUGCUGGCAGGAUAUUUCAGCAAGGUUGUAGUAUGCUUGAUGAUGCGGAAGACUAUUCCACUUAUGAAUUAUGUAAAGGCCCAUCAUGAUGUUUUUGGCCUCAUGGUUGAUCUGAUUGGUAUUACGUCCAUCAUGGAGGUUUUGGUGCGUCUUGUUGGGGCUGAUGAUCAUAACUAUCCCAACUCAACGGAAGUAUCACAGUGGUUGGCUGAUAGCAAUUUAUUAGAAAUGAUUGUCGAUAAACUAAACCCUUCUAAUCCUCCUGAAGUGCAUGCUAAUGCUGCAGAAACGCUCUGCACAAUUACCAGAAAUUCACCAUCUCCUCUUGCUACAAAGCUAUCAAGCCCAAGCUUUAUUGCUAGAAUAUUUGAUCACGCACUUGAAGACUCACAUUCAAAAUCCGCCCUUGUGCAUUCAUUGUCUGUGUGUAUUUCUUUGUUGGAUCCAAAAAGAUCAACUCCGUCAUCUAUGAUGUAUUCAUUCCGAAGCCAGCACUUGUAUGAGGCCCCUUUGCAUGUGAGUUCUGACACUAUUGGUGCAAUGCUGCCUAAGCUUGGUGACUUGCUGAUGCUAUUAAAUGUAUCAUCUGAUGAGAAGGUUCUUCCGACAACAUAUGGUGAAUUGAGGCCUCCUCUUGGGAAGCAUCGUUUAAAGACUGUGGAAUUCAUAUCUGUUCUACUAAAAACUGCCAAUGAAAUAGCAGAGAAAGAACUAAUCAACUCAGGGACGAUUCUGAGAAUACUGGAUCUCUUUUUUGAGUACCCAUAUAAUAAUGCUUUGCAUCAUUAUGUUGAGAGUAUAAUCUACACCUGCUUGGAAAGCAAAUCUUGUAUUGUUGUUGACCAUCUUUUUCAAGAAUGUAACUUGGUUGGGAAAAUGCUUCAAACAGAUAAACGGCCAUCUUUAUCCAGUGAUGGGAAUCAGGCAACUCGUCCUGCUGCUGGAAAAAGAGCACUCCGAAUGGGAAACAUAGGACACCUAACGCGGAUUUCAAAUAAACUUGUUCAGCUGGGAAACAAUGAUAGUCGCAUCCGUGCACAUCUUGAGAAAGUUACUGAAUGGGGUGAAUGGUAUGCUACAGUCUUGCAUGAUCGUAAUAAGAUCGAGAAUGUACACCAAUGGGCAUGUGGCCGUCCUAUUGCCUCACAUGAUCGGACAAGAGACAGUGACGAGGAAGAUGCUCAUGACAGAGAUUAUGAUGUGUCUGCUUUGGCUAAUAAUUUGAGCCAAGCAUUCAGAUACAGCAUAUACGACAAUGAUGAUGUUGAGGAUGGUCAUAGAUCUCUUGACCGGGAUGACGAAGAUGUUUACUUUGAUGACGAGUCUGCAGAAGUGGUGAUAUCGUCUCUGAGGUUGGGAGAUGACCAAGGGAGCAGUUUGUUCACAAAUUCAAAUUGGUUUGCAUUUCAAGACGACAGAAUCGACGGUGCUACCUCGGUUUCUGACAUGGCGAUGGAGGAGAUCAACCUUAACAGACCACAAAACAGUGGCGGUGGCAGUAACAGCGAUGAUGAGGUUGUGGUUGGAGCAGAAGAGGACGAAUUGGCUGCAGAUGGCAAGGCCGCUUCUAACACAAGCAUUCUCAACGGAUUCAGUGGUAGAGAUACUGAUUUCUUCCGUUUCGAGACAUCAGAAGAGAACGAUGAUGAUGACCCAUUUGGAGACCGGCCCAUACCUGAAUGGGUAGCAUGGGGAGAUGCCACAGAUCUCCAUGUUGAAAGAUCCAAUCUGAAUCCAUUUCUUGAUCAACCCAUCUCAUCUAACAACAUUUCAUCGGAGGAGGCAACCCCCACAUCCCUACCACCCCCAACUGACACCCCCUCAACUUCCGAUCCCGCCAAAACUUUGUCAGUGCCAGAACCUGUUCACAAACCCGCCCCGGUUCCGUCUUUGUUUGAAGAUGAUGUUGAGUUUGUAGGUGUGGAAUUGGAAGGUACAGAGAAGGCAAUGGAACAUGCUCUCAAGGAAGGGAUUGUUGGUGAAGCAGGGCCAUUGAAAAGGAACAUUGGUGUUGUCCCACCACCCAAGUUGCCAGAAAAUGACAACACAGAUGAGAGUAGUGGCGGCACCGCUAUAAAAGAGUUUAAUGAUGCAAAUUACUGGAGAGUUGAUCAUGAGGUUGCUGUGUUGGAGUAAUUAAUUAAUGUCGGCUACACUUUGCUGGAAGUUGAAGCCAGGGGGGUUCCAUGUGUUUUCUGUUAUUGAAAGUUAGAGCAGAGACAUUGUACAGUAUAUUAUUUUCUCUUCCUUUUUGGGGGGUUUUAAAUUUGGAUCCAACCAUAGGCUUAAUAGUAGUGCUUGUUUGCUAUUGAUUAUUAAUUAUUGUUACCCUUGUUCAUGUUUAGUACUUUAGUGCCCCAGAGCUAUGCACACUAUGAAAAAGCUCAGUAGUCUCUUGUAUGCUGAUCGGUAUCUUCUCAUUUCUUAUUAAUUUUUUAAGAAAUUAUACUAAAUG